AUGGCGCCUGCCGCAACUCUGCUUUUCCCAACAAUCCCUGUCGUCUCGGGUGUCCUCGGGCGAGGACUGCAAGGAAAAGGCGGCAACGGAUCUCGAGUGAGACUGGCGAUCGCGUCGGUAUGCGUCGGUGCGAUACUGGUAUCUGCCUCUGCCUCGUUGCCGACGACGGGCGCCCAACCUGAGCCCGCAGCCACUGAGUGCGUGGCAAAUGACACCGAGGUCAAAUGUGCUUGCGAGUUAACAUCCGACGGUGCCAAAAAAACGAUGUCUGCCGUACUCUCGCAAGACAAGAACACGCUUAGGUUCGAAUGCAAGUCCAAGACGGCGGAGUGCGUGAAACCUGAUGAGGCAGGCACGGUGGUCUGUCAAGCAGGCACCUCUGACUUGUCUGACUGCAAAGUUGAGCUCAGCACCCUCCUCGCCGGCGACUCCAAGAGCGUCAAAUGGGUACCUUGCGAAUUGGAAGGGGAGCACUGUAAACAGUGCGCCAGCCUAACGAUCCCACAAAACAAUUUCCCCUAUGUCGACCAAAAAUUCGCCGUGGGUUGCAAGGAGCAAAACGCCAGCAACUUGUGCAUAGUGGGCGUGACACUGGAAGCAAGGCCGUCCGCGACAAACGCCCAGACCGUCACCUGUGCCUACGGUGCCAGUAGCAACGGCUCGCAUCAAACCGUCAAGCUGAGUCCGACACAGAGCAGCUUCACUCUGGUGUGUGGAGAGAAGGGAGAAGUGCUGCCAGCACAGUACAACAAGCACUACUGCUCAUCAGACUCUCAAGAGGCUGAGAAGACGUGCAGCGAGGACUACACGUCAAUUCUUCCGGGCUACGAUGGCAGCUGGUGGGAGGCAACUGAGGCGUCCAACACAUACACACUUUCGAUUCCAGCAGACAAGUUCCCGAAGGAGGAGACAAAGAUUGUUGUUGGCUGUCAGCAGCAGCAGCCGGUCGCACCCCCGCCAUCCGGCAAGAAGGAAGGGAAGAAGGAGCCGAGUCCAACUGUGUGUAGCGUUGACGUGACGAUCGCCGCGGGUUCUGUCUCUUCUCUGGACCAGCGGGUGGCUCUUUUUUCCGUGUGGUUUCUGGGUGUUGGUGUUGUUCUCGCCCACGUCCUCUGA